UCCGCGGACGUCGCUUUCGAGGCUCUCAUUAAUCCCAUGCAUACAUGCAGCUAGCUAGCGCACACAUGAGACGCCAUUCAAUAGGACCCCCGUCGUCUUCCCUCCGCGCCAGGAAACCCUCCUCCACCGUUCUUCCAUACAAUACAUACUCCUGCAGCUAGCUAGCUCCGGUGCUCGCCUCCUCGAUCUCCUUAUAUACGCUCACGCGCCCACCGAAGCACCUGAUACCUGCCUGCAGUACGUCAACAUCGCCUAGCUUUGUAGCUAGGACGGGCAACCUGCAGCUGCGGCGGUGACCGGUGAGAGCCUGAUCCAGAGGACACACAGCACGUGCUCUCGAUCGCGGCCGGUGAAGUAUGGCGUCGUCGACGGGGGUGGCGGCGGGGGACGACGCGGUCGGGGCGCGGAAGGGCGGUGCCGGUGGCGGUGGGGGCACGGCGGCGCCGCCUCCGGCUGCCGGCGCCCAGCAUCAGCAUCAGCAGCAGCAGCCGCCCCCGCCGCCGGAGCAGGGGCUCAGGUGCCCGCGCUGCGACUCGCCCAACACCAAGUUCUGCUACUACAACAACUACAGCCUCUCGCAGCCGCGCCACUUCUGCAAGACGUGCCGCAGGUACUGGACCAAGGGCGGCGCGCUCCGCAACGUGCCCGUCGGCGGGGGCUGCCGCAAGAACAAGCGCUCGCGCUCCGCGGCCGCCGCCGCGGCGGCUGCGGCGGCGGCCUCCUCGCGCCUCUCGCUCAACCUGCCGGUCGAGGGCGUCGGCGGCGACCAGCAGGUGGCCGCGUCCGCCGCGAGGCUCGGGUUCCUUGGCGCCGGCGCCGCUCCGGUGGCGUCGUCGCCGAUCGGCGGCGCCCCCGCGGCCGACUACCAGCAGGCAGCAGGCGCCGUCGGUAUGAUGGCGCUGCCGCGGCUCCAGGCCGUCGGCCAGUACGUGCCGUUCGGGGAGUGGCCGGCGGGGGCCGGCGGGGACGUUCCCGGCGGCGGUGGCGGCGCGCACGGCGGGGCGGUGAGCAGCAGCAUCGCGUCGUCUAUCGAGUCGCUGAGCUUUAUCAACCAGGACCUGCACUGGAAGCUCCAGCAGCAGCGGCUGGCCACCAUGUUCCUAGGCCCGCCGCCGCCGCCGCCAACCUCCUCGGCGGCGCACGUCGACGGCGCCCCGGCAUCAGCGGCCCACAUCGGCGGCGCCUUCCUGCACAUGGCGGGGCCGCCGCCGGGCAUGGAGUCGACCAUCAUGCCGGCGGCGACGUCGUGGUUCAUGGACAGCUCAUCCUACGGCGUGGGCGUGCUCCCUUCCCCGACCGCUCAUGCUAACAACACGGCCGCCGCCGCCGCCGCCUGCAACGUCGUCGUCAGCAGCGGCCGGAGUAGCGGCGGCGACGACGACAGCGGCACCAACUGCGGCAGCGCGAUCCCGUCGUGGGGCGACAUGUCCACGUUCGCGAUGCUGCCGUGAGCUUGCUUCGCCGUCACCCCAUCUGAUCGAUCGAACAAGGAAGAGCUCCAAAUUUGGGAGGGCUGAUUCCGAAGGAAUUGAGCUAGCAGAGGAUCGGUGCAUGCAUGAAGCGCCACCUAUAUGUUAAUUUAACUAGUUGUCCAUCUCUAACUUGAUAUAUUGGUCAACCAUUGUGUGUGGUAUAUUAUUAUAUAUAUUUGUCAAAGACAUUCUAAUCGGC